AUGUCGAUCGAAAUAGAAUCUGCCGAUGUGAUCCGACUGAUACAACAGUAUCUUAAGGAGUCAAAUCUUGUAAAGACGCUACAGACGUUACAGGAAGAGACAGGUGUAUCACUUAAUACAGUGGACAGCGUGGAUGGAUUUGUUGCUGAUAUAAAUAAUGGACAUUGGGAUACAGUUUUGAAAGCUAUACAGUCAUUGAAACUACCUGACAAGAAACUUAUUGAUUUGUAUGAACAGGUUGUUCUAGAAUUAAUCGAGCUGCGAGAAUUAGGUGCGGCACGUUCUUUAUUAAGACAGACUGAUCCCAUGAUUAUGAUGAAACAACAGGAACCAGAAAGGUACAUUCACUUAGAGAAUUUACUCGCACGUUCGUAUUUUGAUCCACGUGAAGCAUACCCUGAUGGAAGUACAAAGGAGAAACGUAGAGCAUAUAUAGCUACUGCUCUUGCUGGCGAAGUAUCAGUAGUACCUUCUAGCAGGUUGCUUGCUUUAUUGGGACAAGCAUUGAAGUGGCAGCAACAUCAGGGUUUAUUACCUCCUGGCACCACAAUAGAUUUGUUCCGAGGAAAAGCAGCGGUACGCGAUCAGGAAGAUGAGAAAUUUCCGACGCAAUUGUCGAAGCAAAUCAAAUUCGGUCAGAAAUCACAUGUGGAGUGCGCACGUUUCUCUCCUGAUGGUCAAUAUUUGGUGACUGGCUCAGUGGACGGUUUUAUCGAAGUAUGGAACUUUACAACUGGUAAAAUUAGGAAAGACUUGAAAUACCAGGCACAAGAUAAUUUCAUGAUGAUGGAGCAAGCGGUGCUAUCAAUGGCAUUUAGUCGCGACAGCGAGAUGUUAGCGGGCGGUGGUCAGGAUGGCAAAAUCAAGGUUUGGAGGGUGCAGAGUGGCCAAUGCUUGAGAAGGUUUGAAAAAGCACAUUCGAAAGGUGUUACUUGCCUACAAUUUAGCAGAGACAACAGUCAAAUAUUAUCAGCUUCGUUUGAUACUACUAUAAGGAUACAUGGCCUUAAGUCUGGGAAAACUCUCAAGGAAUUCCGCGGUCAUAACUCGUUUGUCAAUGAAGUCGUAUUUUCCCCAGAUGGUCAUAAUAUAAUUAGCGCAUCUUCGGAUGGAACUGUGAAAAUUUGGAGUCUGAAGACCACCGAAUGCAUAGGCACCUACAAAUCAUUAGGAGCUGCCGAUCUCACAGUGAACAGUAUACAUCCUCUUCCUCGAAAUCCAGAACACUUCGUUGUGUGCAAUCGUUCGAACACAGUAGUAAUUAUGAACAUGCAAGGACAAAUAGUAAGAUCAUUUUCCAGCGGUAAACGAGAAGGAGGUGACUUCGUAACCACAGUGGUGAGUCCGCGUGGCGAAUUUAUCUAUUGCGUCGGUGAGGAUCUCGUGUUAUACUGUUUUUCCACGUCAUCGGGAAAGCUCGAAAGGACCCUUAAUAUACACGAGAAGGACGUGAUCGGCUUGGCGCAUCAUCCCCAUCAAAAUUUAUUAUGUUCUUAUAGCGAAGACGGUCUAUUGAAACUAUGGAAACCAUAAAUAAAAUCAGAAAACUUUUUUUUUAUUUCAAUGCAGAAAAUAAGAAUGUUAUCUUCAUGUAUUGUAAUACAGCAUUUUUUACAGCGGCUGUGGUAUUACAAAUUUAUUCCCGAA